AUGGGUUAUUUUGCCGAAGUAACAAAUGGACAAAAACUCGAAGACAUGGAUAUAUCGGUUCAUUGCGAUAUCACAAUUUUCGAUUGGCUAAUGAGAUGGGUUCAAAAAGAUAAUUAUUCUCAAAAACAUUGGCCCGUUUUAGAUUCUUCUAUUGUAAUUCCCGUUUUAAUGUCUUCGGCAUUUCUUCAAAUGACAUCACUUCAAGAUUAUUGUUUGGAUUACUGUAAAGCACACAUAAAUGAAAUUAUUAGAAAUUCACCUAAUUUAGGUUGCAUCAAUGAUAACGUAUUAUCUAGGUUAGCAAAUUUAUUUACAAAUUUAGAAUUGGAAGGAAUAAUUGAUAAAAAAGAUAAAAUUCAAAGUAAAUUAUUUUGUAAAAUGAUAUUGUCUUUAAGCGAACCCAUUCCCGAACAUCAAAAGGGUCAUUAUUCUUCAAUCGCAACUUUAUUUAAGUGUUCUCAAUGUUUAAAAUUAAUUUUAAAAAAUAUGUCCGGUUUGAUUCCUUGCAUACCCGCAAAUAUGACGAUAGAUCAAUAUGGAUGCACUCAUUCAACUCAUCAUUACGAUUCUUCGUGGAAUCUAAGGAAUUACGUGAGAGAUCUUAAAAACGAAUUGAAAACCUGGAGAAAAGUUUAUUGGAAAUUAUGGGGAAAUUGUCAUUUUUUAUAUUGUAAUGCAUGCGAAGAAUAUUUUCCAGUGUGUCAGAUGAAUUGGUGCAGAUUUCAUUCGGAUCCCGUACAAUAUUUUCAUUUAGAAAAUCAAAAAAGUAUUUUACAUCCGAUCGGAAGGUAUUCUUGUUGCGGUGAAAAAACUUAUAGGUUUGAAGUUAUAAAAAAAAUUUCUGGAUGUUGUUAUCGAGAUCAUGUACUUAACACGAAAACUCCAUACGAUGGAGAAAUAUUAAGAAUUUGGAAUUUAUUAAAAAACGUACUCAAUACGGAACCUCCUCCGAUAACAUCAAAUCAAAAAUACGUGAGAUCAUCUGGUAAAGAUUUUGGAGAAGGUAAAGUUCUUCCCGCCAAGGAAGAAUUUUGGUGGUGCGGAGUAAAAUUAAUUCCAAAUAAUAAAUCUUCCGGGUUUUUAAAUAAAAUGUGGGAUGAAAAAAAGAAAAGCGAUAUUAAAAUUGGUAGUGGAAAUGUAAACGAUUGUAAAAUACAAAAGUCUCAAGUUAAAGGGGAAAGCGUGAUAAAUAAUAAUUAUCAAGAGGUUUCGAGCUGUUCGAAUACAUCGGAUGAUAGUUGCACUUCUUCGGAUGAGGAUUCGGAAGAUAGUAGUCAUUCAUUGGAAAAAAUAAAAUCAAAACCUAGAAAUUCGGUAGUAGGUUAUAAUCAACGUGUCGGAUCGGAAAGGAAUGAAGAGAAUCGUUUUUGGGUACCCAGACUAUCGACGAGAAGUAAUCAAGAUAAUCAAAGGGAUUACGAAGAAAAAGCAUUGAGACAAAUCGAAUUAGCAUUGGCAAAAAAAUUAUCCGGUGAAAAUUUCAGGAGUCAUCAAAAUACAAGAAGUGCAAAUCAACAAAUUGUGCCUCCAGGAGGGAUUUACAUCAAAUUGGAACAAGCAUGGAAAGAAGCUCAUUGUUAUUCUCACGGAUGUCCCGGAAGUUCAAUAAAAGCAAGAGUUAGCUCAUCGUUUACUAAUUUCAACAACAAUAAUUCAGCUGUAACGAAAAGAUCCAAAUCAAAGGGACAUCUCAUUAUAAAAAAAUAUUCUCAAAUCGAAAAUAAAAUUACUUAA